CGACGGAAGAGAAAGUGGGGCCCUGCGACGGCCGAAGCUAACCUUUCGGGGCUCUCAGCCGUGAGAACAGUCUCUGGACAUUCUGUUCUUCUUCUUCGUGGUUCCGAGCUGGCCUUCACCUAAUUCAGCUCCACAGUAGCAGCAGCGAAGCCAUGGAAUCGCAGAGAUGGAAGCUGUUACUCUCUCUUUCUCUCUUGUCGCCGUUCCUCUUCGUUUCCGGCGUCAGAGGCUGGACCGGCGAAGUCCGCGGCCGGGUCGUCUGUGACGUCUGCGGCGAUUCUUCCAUCGGACCCGAAGAUCACGUCCUUCAAGGUGCUGAAGUUGCGGUUCUUUGCAUCACAAAAUCUGGCGAAGUUGUCAACUACCAAGCAUUUACUAACUCCAAGGGUGUAUACAAAGUUGCAGAGACAAUGCCCGAGAGUGAUCGCUGGGAUGCUUGUCUUGCGCGUCCGAUCAGCAGUUUCCAUGAGCAUUGCACUCAUCUCAGGGGUGGCACUGCUGGUGUCAAAUUUAGCUAUAACCAUCCAUCAGGUUACUUCCAUACCGUUAGGCCCUUCGUGUAUCGCCCCGUGGAUGUUCCAACAUACUGUUGACUGUACUUGGUUUAAAUGGGGGUGAAAAAGGACCAUAGUGUUGAGUGUAAAUGUUGCUGUCGCUGCAACUGCUACAGGAGUGCAGGUCUCGAUGCAUCAUGCUAUAUCACCGAAAAUGUAAGAUGCUUGGUGAUUAUCAACUGGAAAUACAGUUUGCGUUAA